UUUAAAAAGAGAAAAAAACACACACAAAAAAGAAUCAAGAAAAAUAUAAUUUUCACUUGUGUUUUAAUUUCGUAUUUAUCUUUGGAUAACAAAUUGUUUCGAAAUUAAAAAAGAAAUUUUUAAACGCCGGCCAUAUUUUCAGUUAGAUUCAUUUAAAAAAAUAUCAUUUCAAUUAAACAAAAGCAAUGAGCACAAGUGGAGACUCAUUGAACAAUGUACCCUACAUCGGGGAUUAUAUGGUCAAGGAUGAAGAUGAAGAUGGAUCUGAUGACUCUGGAAAACAUUCAAACCCCUUUAUGCUCCGUGAGCAAGAUAGGUUUCUUCCAAUUUGUAACAUCAUCAAAAUCAUGAAAAUGCCCGUCCCAUCGAAUGGAAAAAUCGCUAAAGAUGCACGCGAAUGCAUUCAGGAAUGUGUUUCCGAGUUCAUAUCAUUCAUCACUUCCGAAGCCAUCGAAAGGAGUAUCUCGGAGAAUCGUAAGACUGUCAAUGGAGACGAUUUGAUCUACGCUUUUGCCACCUUGGGCUUUGACAACUAUGUUGAGCCAUUGUCGUUGUAUCUGCAUAAAUUUAGAGAGUCAACAAAAUCCGAUCGUAACAUUGCUUAUGGUGAGUCUGUGUUAUUUGAUGAAUCAGAUGAUUUUCGCAAUCGUAAGCCUUAGCUUCAAUCGUUGGUUUGAAGUUUUGAUUAUAUGUCCGCUAUUAUUUUAAGAUAAAACCAAAAUAGAUUAAGUAAAAACCAAUUAAUAAAACUUUUGAGGCAUCACAACCAAUACAAAAUAUACUUUACCAAGCAAAAACCCACCCAUAACAUGGAAAUUAUAUCGACAGAGGCACUUUGUUACACAAAAGUGUUGGCAGAAUAAACCAUAAAAAGGUGCGAGUUAAUUUUAAAUUGAACAAAAUAUAAUAAGCAUCUCGAAAGCAAUAAAAAAAACUAACAUUUUAUUUAUUUUUAAAUAAAUAAACGUCUUUGUUUUGUUUAAUAAAGUUUGUUGGCCUUGGUGGUAGGGUCUCGAUGCCAACUGGGUCAACUUAAAAUAUUAUUUUGAAACCCUUAUAUAACCCUCGUGUGGAGGUAUGUUAAAAAAAAUCCUCAAACUCCCUGUAUUUCUGAUCUAGGGGUCUAUUACGUAAUACGAAACGAACGGCAAGUCGACGAUAAUGAAGUAAACGAUAUUCACGACAAAGAGCGAUUAUGUAAUACGAGAAAUUCGUUUGGCCAAACUAAACCCAAACAAAUAUUUUUUUUGAGGCUCUCAUGAAUUCUACCAGCAAACGCAAUAAUAUUAUGACAGCUAAACAAAAACGAAAGUUAAAUGAUAGGUAAAUGGCAGUCGUAAAGAUUAGCGAUUAUCGUUGAAGUAAAACGAUUAUCGUAAUACCUAGUCGCAUUGCAAAGAAAACGAAGUAGUUUCAACGAUAAUCGUUUUACAAAAUAGGGCCCCUGUAUCUAAACCGAAAGUAACUUUGUUAACGAGCCAUCAUAACGGAGUAGUGCUUCCGGUGUUAAAAGUUUACAUACUUCACCACAUUUGUAGGAUAACUUUGUUGAAUUAGAAUAACGAAGAUCCGAGAAAACCUACAGAUAGAGCACUUAGUAUUUUUGUGUGCAAAGGAAAUACCAUGAUAAUCCCUUCUAAAAGCAAUAUCAUAUAUACAUACCAUUACGUUAGGUAUCAUUUGUAUGAAGCAGAUACAUGGGCGAGUUAUAAUCUCGACAUGAAGAUCACAAUAUCAUAGAUCAUAACAUAAUUAGUUAAAAACAUCUGAUAUUUAUGUUAAUUUCCGUUGGAAGCAGGGAUUUUUGUAUCAGAUCCAAUGAACUCUCGUGUCAAAUGGAUAUUGCCAAGAGAUUUUGUAUAAUUCGUAAUUGUCAUGCUUACGCUACAUCAGCAACAUUUACCAUACCAACGAAACCCAAAACCAAUAGAUAAGCCUCGUUGAAUCUAGGGAAACGUUGGUUUUGGUUGAAAUAAUUCAGAAAUGCUUAAAUGUUUUCAGUGAAAUCCAAUGGGACGGACUCUUUGGAAGUCUUUGAUAUAGCUGUGGAAAAACUCACAAACUGCUAUUUAAACCUAAUGUAGUUAGCGAGUUUUUCCUUUCAAUCGACGCAGCGAAACGAUUUUUUUUUUAUCAAAUAGAAAUUGAGAUACUAUUUUCCCCGUAUUUUCUUUUUUGUUUUUGUUAGAACAAAAAUAUAAUUGAUUUUUUGUAUAUAAUAAUUAAAUCAUGGUAAAAUGCCUCUUUAGAGUCGUUGUCUCUCUCACUUUUAAAAGGAAAGAAAGCCCGUCUAGGUUUUCUUCAUUAGUUUGGCUGAUAACCCCUGCAAUGGUUAAAUAUUAUCGUGCGUGUUAUUGCACUGCACUGUAAAUUAUGACUCUAGUAGAUGUAAGUUUAUUUUUGAAAGUUCGUGUGCUAGUAAGGGCCGGUUAAUUCACACUCGAUUAUCUUUUAAUCAAGGAUUUUUCUAUGGAAUAAUCCUUGAUUAAAAGAUAAUCGACUGUAAACAAACAAGCCCUAAGUAUAUCAAAAUAAUCUCAUUUCAUUUCAGAGCUAGGAUUCUCCUCAAAAAAGAAAUUCUUUUCACAAAUUUCUAAAAUAUGAAAACAAUACUUUAAUAAAUAUUACCGCGGGCGGGUAAGUAUUGGCGUUCUCUUAUAAGUUGCUCACCUGAAAAAAAAAAUUAAAUAUACAGUUCUAAGUUGCCAUAGAACAAUAUUAAUCCAGUCAAAUAAGGGUUUAACCUCUGAAUGAAUGUUAGUAGAAAUUUUUUUUGCUCAAUAUCUUCCUUUUGCCAUUCUAUAACAUAUCUCAAAAGUCUAGAAAAAUCUCAUGUCCGCUUGUCGCGAUUUCAAGGUCAAAUCGUGAAAUGGAGAUUUUCAAAAUUAGCAAAAAUAGGCUAUGGUAUUAUAUACACAUAUGAUACAUGAUUUCAA